AUGGGAGUGGAACCGAGAAGAGGGUACGACCUCAUCGACCAGGCCAAGGCAGCACUGGAAAGCAAAUGCCCCGGCGUUGUUUCCUGCGCUGAUAUCAUCGUCGUCGCAACGAGGGAUGCUGUCGUGCUGGGAGGUGGGACGCAGUAUACGUAUGCGGUUCAGACAGGGAGGAGGGAUGGCAACAUCUCGCUUGCGUCUGAUGCCACCAGAAAUCUGCCUGGGGAUUCCUUCUCGGCAUCCCAAGCGACUGAUGCGUUCCGGGCGAAAGGGCUCAGCGCUUCGGACAUGGUGUUACUUCUAGGAGGACAUACCGUUGGGCUCACGCACUGCUCCUUCAUCCUUAAUCGUCUCUACAACUACAAUGGGUCGGGGAAACCAGACCCGGCCAUGGAUCCCGCGUUUGUGACCAUGCUCAAGUCGAGGUGCCCGCAGACGUCGACGGUUGACAACACCGUCCUCCUCGACCACGGCAAUCCCACCACCGUGGACAACAGCUACUACGAGCAGCUCCUGGCGAGAAGGGGCGUGCUCACAGUGGAUCAGAACAUAGCGUCGGACGCGGCGACCAACGCCACGGUGAGGGCGCUGGCCGGCGGCAGCUCGAGCUUCCCGGCUCUGUUCGGGGGUGCCAUGGUGAGGAGGAUGGGCGGCAUCCAGGUGCUCACUGGGACGCAAGGCCAGAUCCGGAAGUCGUGCCGAGUCGUCCUUUGUUGA